AUGGCGUAUAUGAACCCGGGGCCCCACUACUCGGUCAACGCCUUGGCCCUGAGUGGUCCCAGCGUGGAUCUGAUGCACCAAGCUGUGUCCUAUCCAAGCCCCCCAGCACCCCAAAGGCUCCCAAGGCCCCGGAAGAAGCGCACAGUGUACCUCAAGGAGCAGCUGCAGGAGCUGAGGAAAUAUUUCACGAUGAACCAUUACCCGAGCUACGAGGAACGCCUCACCCUGGCGGCCAGGCUCGACCUGGAUGAACAUCAAGUGCAGGUGUGGUUCAAGAACCGCAGGGCCAACCACUCCAGGCUGCAGGGACUGCCCAAAGGGCGAGUGAACGUUCCUAAACCCGCCGAACUCUUCUGCAAGAAGUGUGACAAGCACCUACCCCACAAAGUGACACAAUACAAGAAAGGCAAAGAUUCUCUUUAUGCUAGGGAAAGUGGCGUUAUGACGUUAUGGAAGCAGAGUGGCUAUGGUGGGCAGACUAAGCCGAUUUUCUGGAAAAAGGCUAAAUCUACAAAGAAGAUUGUGCUGAGGCUUGAAUGUGUUCAGCCCAAUUGCAGAUUUAAGAGAAUGCUGGCUAUUAAGAGAUGCAAGCAUUUUGAACUGGGAGGAGCUAAGAAGAGAAAGGGCCAAGUGAUCCAGUUCUAA